UACAAAUGACCUCUCGUGCAGAGUCGUUUUAAGUACCGAAAGACAUCGAACAGGGGCCAUCCCUACGGUGAAUGUGAGAGAAUGAGAAAAUGGUGUAUUCGUCGAUCAAACCGGGCCACACAUCCGAAGCCAGAAAUUAAAUUAACCACCAUUUUGUUUAUUUUCGCGUAAAUAAUUAUAUUACUGAAUACCUUAGUGAACAUUUUUACUCGGCCGUAUAAUGCAGUAAUCGAUUCAUUCUGGCGAUGCUUAAAAUAUUAGGAAUGUGCUAUUAGCGUACCAGCGACGUCGGGCCCUUGUGUUGAUCUUUGCAGACGGCCGCGCCGCUUAUAAACGUUACUUCGGCGCAGAGCGCAUUAAUAUCAGAAAACAGCAGUGCAAGACGAAAGGAUUGAGAGCAAACGAAGUGGCCCGUUGCGAUUCUGUCAACGACUCCUCAGGAAAUCCAAAGGGAGCGAUCCCCUGGUAGGAAAUAUCGAAGAGUCGUGGGCGAGAGUCCCCCGUGGCGCGCCCGGCUAACAUGAACCACACGUCUGCUGCGGACAGGCAGCACGACACUAAUGUGAAUCAAGUGGAAGAGAUGGAGACACAAGACGUGGAGACCGUUGAAACCGCCACAGAUAAAGACUGUGACGAAACGGAGACUCUUCUUAUGAAAUGGUCCACUGAUCAGGUGGUCAUGAGUGAGGUUAUGAAGAACCAGGAAACAACAUCUACAGCUAUGGUUCAAGACACCGAAAUGGAAGACGACGAAGCGCGGUCCGAAGCGACCUUCCGCUACACAGUGCAAAACUUCCGCAGCCUCAAGGACUCGGUAUUGUCUCCACCCUGCUACGUGCGCAACCUGCCCUGGAAGAUCAUGGUGAUGCCCCGACAGGCACCCUCGCCCGACCGGCAGCAGCAGAAGUCGCUCGGCUUCUUUCUGCAGUGCAACGGGGAGAGCGAGUCUUCCAGCUGGUCGUGUUACGCCAUGGCAGAGUUGAGACUCAUCUCGCAUAAGCCGGACUGUGAACCGUUUUUUAGGAAGAUACAGCAUCUGUUCUACAGUAAGGAGAAUGAUUGGGGAUUCUCCCACUUCAUGGCGUGGAAUGACGUCCUGGAUCCGGAGAAGGGUUACAUCAAGGACGACGCCAUCACCCUCGAGGUGCACGUGACGGCGGAGGCGCCCCACGGCGUGUCGUGGGACUCCAAGAAACAUACCGGCUAUGUUGGCCUCAAGAACCAGGGAGCGACUUGCUACAUGAAUUCCCUGCUGCAGACCCUCUACUUCACCAACCAACUAAGAAAGGCAGUCUACAAAAUGCCUACGGAGUCGGACGAUAGUACAAGAUCCGUCGCCUUAGCGCUGCAGCGAGUAUUCUACGAGCUCCAGUUCUCCGACAAGCCCGUCGGGACUAAGAAGCUGACAAAGAGCUUCGGCUGGGAGACGCUGGACUCCUUCAUGCAGCAUGACGUCCAGGAGUUCCUUAGGGUUCUACUGGACAAAUUGGAGAGUAAAAUGAAGGGCACGUGCGUGGAGGGCACGGUGCCCCGCCUGUUCGAGGGCAAGAUGACGUCGUACAUCAAGUGCAAGAACGUCAACGUGUCCAGCACGCGCGUCGAGACUUUCUACGACAUACAACUCAACAUAAAGGGGAAAAAGAACAUUGACGAGUCGUUCAAAGACUACAUCAGCACGGAAAUGCUGGACGGCGACAACAAGUACGACGCCGGCGAGCACGGGCUGCAGGAGGCGGAGAAGGGGGUGAUCUUCGCCACUUUCCCUCCCGUGCUGCAUCUGCAUCUCAUGCGGUUCCAAUACGACCCCAUCACUGAUAGCUCCGUCAAGUUUAACGACAGGUUCGAAUUCUACGAGCACAUCAACCUGGACGCGUACCUGCAGGAGAAGCCCGAGACCCCGGCCGACUACACGCUGCACGCCGUGCUCGUGCACUCGGGCGACAACCACGGCGGACACUACGUCGUUUUCAUCAACCCUAAGGGUGACGGCAAGUGGUGCAAGUUCGACGACGACGUGGUAUCUCGCUGCACGAAGCAAGAGGCCAUCGAGUACAACUACGGAGGCCACGACGAGGAUAUGGCACUCACCGUGCGCCAUUGCACCAACGCCUACAUGUUGGUUUAUAUUAGGGAUUCUCAGUUAAAAACAGUGCUGCAAGAAGUAACUCAACCAGACAUUCCGUCUGAGCUUAGCGAGAGACUGGCAGAGGAAAAACGAAUUGAGACUAUCCGUCGCAAGGAGCGCAACGAGGCGCACCUGUACAUGACCGUGAACGCGGUGCUGGAGGACGACUUCGACGGGCACCAGGGCAACGACCUGUACGACCCGGAGCGCGCGCACUACCGCGCCUUCCGAGUGCGCAAGCAGGCCACCGUGGCCGAGCUCAUGGAGAUGCUGGCGGAGAACUUCCGCUACCCGCAGAAGCAUCUCCGCCCGUGGCCGUUCAGUGCGCGCUCUAAUCAGACUUGCAGACCAACCUGCUUAGACAUAAUCAACGAUCAGCACAAGACCGUAGCAGACGUGUCUGAGAACACAAACCCCUGGAACAUCUUCCUCGAGAUGCUCCCCCCGGACUCCGGCCUCAGCACCCUGCCCACGUUCGAUAAGGACAACGAUGUAGUGCUGUUCUUCAAGUUCUAUGAUCCGAAACAGAAGAGGAUCCAUUAUUGCGGACACCACUAUUUACCGAUUGCGAGCAAGCUGCCCGAUCUCAUACCGAUACUCAAUAAACGUGCUGGUUUCCCAGCCGACACUCCCCUAGUACUGUACGAGGAAAUCAAACCCGACUUUGUGGAGAAGAUCAACAAUUACAACGAUCCUCUAGAAAAGUUAACAUGUAUGGCCGGCACAGGUAUGAUGGAUGGCGACAUCAUCGUGUUCGAGCGAGCCGACCACCGGCACGAGGAGCUCGAGCUGCCCACCUGCCAGGACUACUUCAAGUACAUCUUCUACAAGGUCGAGGUGCAGUUUGUGGAUAAGACGCUACCCAAUGAUCCGGGAUUCACAAUGGAGUUGUCUAUGCAAAUGCGUUACGAGCAAAUGGCGAGAGCGGUUGGCCAACGGCUCAACGUCGACCCUUACUUAAUACAGUUCUUUAAGUGUCAGAAUUACAAGGAUACGCCCGGUUUGCCGCUGCGGUACUCCUACGACGGGAUACUGAAGGAUCUGCUAGUGUACUGUAAACCAAAGUGCACUAAGAAAUUGUUCUACCAGAUUUUAUCUAUUAAAGUUAACGAAUUGGACAAUAAGAAACAGUUCAAAUGUUUAUGGGUUGGUCCUAAUUAUAAAGAAGAUAAAGAAUUAAUUUUAUAUCCAAACAAAGGUGGCAAAGUAGCAGACAUAUUAGAAGAAGCGGCUAAAGUUGUUGAAAUGUCUCCCGACGGGUCGGGCAGAUUACGGAUCGUCGAGGUGUCGUGUCACAAAGUGUUGCCCGGACCCGACCCCGAGCUGACGCUCGACCAGGUCACCAUAGCGCCGCCCAGGCUCUACAGAAUAGAGGAGAUACCUCAGGACGAGUUGAAUCUACAGGAGGACGAGGCGUUAGUGCCGUGCGCUCACUUUCACAAGCAGGUGUACGCGACGUUCGGCGUCCCGUUCUACACGCGCGUGAAGCACCUCGAGCCGUUCCAGGCCGUCAAAGACCGGCUGCAGGCCAAGCUCGACAUACCCAACAAGGAGUGGGAAAAGUACAAUUUCGCUAUAGUGACAAAUGGCAGACCUAACUACAUAAGUGAAGGAGCGACAAUAAACAUAUUCGACUUCAGGCCGAGUAGUAACGCAAAUCUGUCGCUUCCAGACGCGACGGGGCGGCCGUGGCUGGGGCUGGACCACAUCAACAAGACGCCGAAGCGCUCGCGCGUCAACUACCUGGAGAAGGCCAUCAAGAUCUACAACUGAGCGUGUGCCGCAUGCCCCGCCCCCGCCCCCGGGCCCCGCCCCCGGGAGCCGCCCCCGGGCCCCGCCCCCGGGCCCCGCCGGGACCGCGCUAGGGCCCCGAUACUUAUGUAAAUACGAUUUAAUUACGUUACCGACUUUGUCUGUUAUCUAUUUAUGACGUUUGGAAACAGAUCGAUAUCAUUUCCAUAUUUUUGCAAUGCGGUGGAGUCCAUGUUUUAUACAUUAGUAGAUUAGACCAUAUUGUAUGUACAUAUUUUGUAAUUUUAAAACGCAUAUUUAUAUGGGCCCUAGACGUAACCGUUUUUCGAGUGAAUGUAACUUAGCGCCGGGCGAACGAAUGAGAUUUCUUUUUUCGAGGAAUUCUGUCUUGAAAAUAAUUGUAAAUCACAGGCUCCAACUCCUAAACUAAUAAACGUGCGGCAUCAAUCAAGCAAAAGAGUGUGCUCUCAUCAAUAGGUAAAGCGGUCACAGCGCUAGACAGCGUUGGCGUUAGACAAUUUAAAACCGUGAAAUGAUAUCAAGCCGCAUUUGCGGCAUUUGAUGAUACUGUGUUUAUAACGUCGGUUUUCGUUCAUAACUGUCUGACUGACUGUCUAUGCCUAUUUAUUUAAUUCAGUGUUGAUGCCUCCCUGUUAAAUUUAUAAAAUAGGAGGAAUGUAAAGCUUGAACUCGCCAAAAUUUGGGCACACAAAAUUACAAAUAAAUAGAAAACAAAGGUCUACUGGAGCGAAAUUAUAUUGAAUAUAGUUCAAAAUAUUAUAGUUUAUCAUACUAAUAUCUAUUCUGAUAUUAUUAGAAUUUAAUUUCAGCCUCAGAAUUUGACAUGUUACAGACUUUUUGAUGACCGACACUGGCUGGAAUUAGGUUGUCAAAUACUAGGACUUUUAGUUAAGUAAAGUAGACAGUACGGCCUACGAAAUGUCGUGUAUGAUAGCAGCUGGUACGGUCCGCGACGACAUAAGUUACAUUCAUUCGACCGUUAACAAACACCAGUUCGACCUGUACCGCGCUAUUUAUUACGUAUUUAUAUAUAUAUUUGGACCAUAGGUGACAUUCAUUGUAGUUUAAUAAUUGGAAUCAGUAGUCCUGCUAGCAGAUGUGCGUAACAUUGUUUUUUAUAAUUGAACGAUUCGCCGAAUUAUUUUUCGAAACAUUGUGUAGGCUAAUCAUUCUAUAAAAUAUAUCCCUCGUUAAAGUUAUGUUGUAGAAAUAGUUUAAACUAAAAUGACGGGCUCCUGGCGCAGUUGUAAGUUUGUUUUAAAGAAAUUACUAAACCAUUAUCAAAAAUCUAAAGGCUAAAUACAAUUAGUUUUAAAACGCCAGACAUCACGAGAGUUAAAGUGUGCUUAAUGACUGGCUGAGCUAAAAUCAGAGGGCCUAGCGCGAUCCACUACCUUAAUAUUUUCGGGUAUUUGUCUUUCUAUCGCUCAAAUAUGCAAAAGCAACAGAGAGGCAGAUAACGAGAUAUCGAUUUUCGAUGUUCGCGGUAGCCCUUCAAAUUCAUGAUAGAUAUUCAUUAACAUGUAUAUGUUUCAUCCCCUAAUUACUAUUGAAUAAGUCUACUAAGAGUAUUCAUGUACUGUUAAUUCAUCAAGACUAUCUUUUACGUUUAAAUUUUGAAAAUAAUGCAAAAGGAGAUCCGUUUCAGAUGGUAUUUUGGUUCUCACUAGACGUGUAAGCGUUGUGAAGCAUUUUAUUGUGCAGCUAAAUGAAACUUUUAACGGUCGGACAACGAGUCAUUUUAGCGUAGACAGUAUCGAACUUGGUAAGUGAAUGUCGGUUAUGUUCAAAGUAUCUCAGUUUGGUAUUGCCUUUUAGCAUUUCCAGUGUCGAAAAUCGUGUUUGGCCUCCCCCAAUACUUAGAAUGUCGAAUAUAAACUACUUUAUUUAUACUUAAGCACGGACUGGUCGGUCGGUCGAACGUUGCCGGACCACCGGGGGCGACAACUGACCGACCGGUAGCAUUUUUGGUGAUUCGACUCGAGCUCAGCAUUUCUACAGAGUAUACAGCAUUAUUUAGAUACGAGUUUGUACUAUGGAGAUAUAUUAUAACGAUGUUUAAGGGUAUUAUUAUAUGUAUAUAGUCAAAUGUGCCUGUGUGUGGUCGCUUUUCGGUAUACGUGGCCUAUAGUCGUCUGCGAUAAGCCGGCGACACGCAUUUUAUUUACGAAUUCUCGGUGGUAAGAUGUAGAUGUUCCUUAUCUCUGGGUGACCGUGCAUUAAAGUGGAAUAUUACAGAUGUAGUGAACAAUCCUUUGCCGUCGUAAUCUCUCGGAAACAUUCGUAUUUGUCAUACUACUACUAUGACACUGAAGUACUGAUAUAUACUAGUACUUUUUAUACUGAGACUGACUGAAAUAGCAUAACAUGUUCGUGCGUUUCCGUGAGGAAACGUUAGUAAAGGAUUGUUUACUACAUCUGUACAUAGUAUUAAUUUGAAUUGAAUGGGGGAGGCACCUGUCAAUUUUAGCGUCUAUGGCAUUGUCGAAUUCCCUGCAAUAAAAGGAACCAUCGUCGAGUGCGUUAUCUACAAUUAGCUUUUACCAGCCUCUCCCAUUCAACAUGGGUUGUAUUGUUAUUAUCAUUCAAUAUAAAAUGCUUCAUAUGGCAAGAAUAAGAUCAUGUAUGUUAUAAUCAAUUUUAUUGAAAAAAAAAUAAUAUUCGCAAUAUCAAUGAAAUAAUAGGAAGUACUACGGAAUGUAUAAUUUUAGUAGAUAAUUUGGAAAGUAUUGCUCGAAGUAUUGCCCAGGCAAGGCAGAUAUGUGGUCUAGACAAAGGUCUAUAAAAGUAUUAAAUUAAAGUGGCAUUUACGGUAGCUUUGGUAAAUAUUUUAUACCAUUUUAUAGAUCCAAUUGAAUUUACUAGUGCCAAACUGCAUUAGGUAAUAAAAGUCCUGUUAAGAAUGUAAUAAAGAUGCAUUUUGGUUUUCCUUUGUUUGGUAGACGGUCACCCAUAGUCGCGCUUGAUCUGCAUACUUUAAUAACAAUAACAUAGACUAAAAUAAUAUUGUUAUCAUUAUACUGUCUGUAAUACUUAAUUAUUAUGUUACGUCAUAUUAUCAUGUGUUGUAUCUUCACCUUUGAAUGCUCAUGUUCAUAUAAUAGAUAAUCCUUAUAAAAUUAGGUACAUUAUAGUUUUUUUUUCUGUUAGCAUCAUCUAAUCAAAUUUAAUCCCUAUUGUGAUUAAAUAGCAACUAUUAUUGAGGCUUGUACAUAAUAGCUUCUACACAUACCUAUCGAGGACCUGUAGGUUUCAGCUUUUUUCUAACCUAAAAAAACUAACGAUACGUGAAUUCUUAUGUAACCUGUUUUAUAGAAAAUAUUGAAGUGUGAAUAAAAUAAAAUGUUUUGAUUGUCGAAUCACCAAAAGGCGGCGCCGGGGCCCGGCGCGGCCGCUGCACCUAAGUAACUAGCACCACAUUGUUAAGGCUGAAAGCCGCUCAGAACAUCCGAACGUGUAUAAUGUUACUAUUUAAUUUUUAACUAAUUUUUUGCCGGAAAUAAUAGUGGCAAAUGGGAUUAUAGUUUCAUAGUUGAUUCACUAUUUAGACCAGUCUGUAGGAUUCGGACCUCGAGCAGAGUUCCGUGAUAACUUACCUACAAACUAUUGGAGGGAAAUCCAAUGUUUGUUAUGUUGGAUGUGAAUGUUUCACUGAAUAUAAUCCUAUAUUUGUUUACA